UGAACUAAUUGUGAAUUCUCUCUCCUUAUCUUUCAACUUGACACUUCGGCAACUAAACAAAUGUAAUUGUUAUUGUUGUAGGCACGUCAUCUUUAAAGAAUAAUAUUUAAUAUUUUUAUAUCUCAACAUUUACUAAUUUACACAUAAGGAAUCAAAAUGAGUGCACUCUUCAAUUUUCAAAGUUUACUAUCAGUGAUUCUGCUUCUAAUCUGCACUUGUGCGUAUCUGCGGUCACUAUUUCCCAGCAUUAUGGACCGUAAUAAGACUGGGUUACUGGGUGUGUUUUGGAAACUAGCAAGAAUAGGAGAACGCAAGUCACCUUAUGUUGCCGUGGCAUGCGUGGGAAUGGCGAUCUCAAUAUUGUUUUGGACGUGAUACAAAAAUAUUGUUUUGAUUGAACUAUUGAUUUGAUAUUUGUUAGCAAUAAAGAUUAAUUUUUGUAACUUUG